UCUUCAUAAUCCUCAUUUCCAAAAAAGCACCACCGGAUCUCUUCCGUGUACGGCGGUCACGGAAAAAACCUCCCAUUAUCGGUCCGCCGUCUACUUCUAUCAAACUUCCCGUUACCGGUCCGCCGUCAACUUAUAACUUUUCUUCUUCAUCUUCUUCCAAUACUAUCCAAAAUUUCAAAAAUCCGUGUAAUUUUCUCAAAUACAUGGCAUUUCCUACAUUUCUUAACCGGAAUGUGUCAGAUCUGUGCGUAGGGAAGCCGACAUUGAAGCCAUUGUCAGCGGCAGCCACCGUUUCGGAGGCGUUAGCUCUGUUGAAUAAAUCAAACGAGCCUCAUGUGAGCGUGUGGAGCUGUGACCAUUCGAAGAAUGUUCUGGAAGGUGAAUGUGAAUGUGUUGGGAAGAUUUGUAUGUUUGAUGUAAUUUGCUUUCUCUGUAAAAAUGAGAAUUCGGAGAAUCCUUCAAAGGCUUUGGAGACAUCCGUUUCACAGAUUUUGCCCAAAGGAAAUUUAAUUGUGAGGCAUUUGGCGCCAAAUUCAAGCUUGCUGCAGGCAAUAGAUUACAUUCUUGAAGGCACUCAGAAUCUGGUUAUACCAAUCCAAGAUUACAUAGGCGGGAAGCCAAGGAAAACACAGAGUAAAUCAUCCUCCCUGCGUUGCAAACAUCGUAAUGGAGUUGAAUAUUGUUGGCUUACGCAAGAAGAUGUUGUCCGCUUCCUUCUGAACUUUAUUGGUGUCUUCUCUCCUAUCACCACUUCUUCAAUUGAGUCGCUCAACGUCAUAGAUUGUAAUGUGAUGACUAUUUGUUACCACGAACCUGCAAUGUCUGCUUUAGAUUCCCUUACUCUUGCACAUGUUGAGCAAACUUCAGUAGCAGUUGUUGAUGAUCUCAACAGAUUAAUCGGUGAAAUCUCCCCUUCCACUCUUUCCUAUUGUGAUGAAACUGCAGCAGCAGCAGUCAUGACACUUUCAGCUAGUGAUCUAUUGGCAUACAUCGACUGUGGUGGUCCUCCAGACGACUUGGUUGAUCUCGUGAAAGUGAUAUUACAAGAGAAAAAGCUUAGUGCGUUAUUGGAACUAAUGGAUGAAGAGUUGUCUUUAUCUACGUCGUCAUCAUCAUGUUCAGCUUCUCUCAGUUGUUCUUCUGAUGAUGAAUUGGGGGUUUGUAGAAAUAAUGGCUCAGGACGAUAUUCUUCGGCUAGAAGGGCAGAGGCUAUCACUUGUUAUCCAAACAGUUCAUUGGUGGCUGUGAUGAUUCAAGCACUUGCACAUCGCACAAGUUCUGUAUGGGUUAUGCAUGAGGAUAACACUUUGAUUGGCUAUGUAACGUUUAAAGGAAUCCUCAAAGUUUUCAGAAGCCUCGCAAACGCGAGGAUGAUAACCAGAUAAAGGAGAAUUCAGUGAAGCAAUAACAUGUUAUACAACACAGAAUUGUGUAAAAAUUCAUUCAAAUUGCAAAUUUUGCACAAACGGGAGCCCUUUUUCUUUUGCUUUUUUGGUGGUGAGUGAAGGAGUUGUAGUUAGUUUUGGAACUUAUUGAUCUUUGUUGCUUCAAUGAUCAUUUUGUUUAUUGAUUAUUUUUGUUAGUGGAAGUUACAAAAUAUCAAUUUCAUGAAUCAUGGUUAUGCAAUCAAUAAAUGAAUCAGGUUUGUGGUGGAGUGAUAACUACUCCUUCAUCUUCGA